GGAAAGUCAGGAAGCCCGAGAAAAGUCUGGAGACCUGCCCUCUCCACCUGGACACCCAGAUCGAGCUGCCUCCUGUGGUCCUGCCCUCAGGAAUCACUGGCUUCUGUUGAAGACUGAUCCAGGGAAUUUGUGGCGGAGUGGGCAAAUAACUGCAGCUUUCCUGGCGCCCAGAGAUUUGCACCAUGCCAAGGCUCAAGCAGGUGAAACCACAACACAUCAACUUGGAGAAAGACCAGGGACGGCAACAGCCACAGCACCGGGCCCCAGAGUUUACAGAUGUAGCUCCAGCAGCACCUGUGGCAGGGGACCUGGGUACUCCAAUGAACUAUGUAGGGACUGGUGAUGACAUGAUUGGGGACCAAGUGCCGGCAAAGAGGCCUCGUCGGGAGGAGACUCACAUCUGUGAGAAAUGCUGUGGAGAGUUCUUCAGCUUCUCUGAGCUCUUAGAACAUAAGAAAAAUUGCCCUGAACGUCUACCUGUCUUCGUCAUGAAUGACAGUGAGGGACUAGUACCUUUGGAAGACUUCUCUGGGGCUGUGUUGAGCCACCAGCCACAGAGUUCAAGCAGUAAGGACAGUCACAGGGAGGAUGGUAGCAGCUCAAGGGAUGGGAAGGAGAAGCCAGGGGCGGAGUCUGUUCUAUACUUAAAGAAGGAGAGUACUCUGCCCCCCACACCCCAAGAUUCAAGCUAUUUACCCAAAGGCAAAGUGACCAGCACUAAUGUGACUCUUCAAGCACUGUGGGGCACCAAGGUGGCAGUGAAGCAGCAGAGCGCGGAUGCACAGCCUGCCUCCCUGCCUGGUGCCAACAGGAUCCCAUCGGUCCUGGAGCAGAUCUUCUGUCUGCAGAAGCAGCAGCUACAGCAGAUCCAGCUCAUUGAGCAGAUCCGCAUCCAGAUGGACACGUGGGCCGCCAAUACCGCCCACUCUGGCACAGCGGGAGCUGACAACCUUAACACCUUAGGCAACCGUGUGUCUCAGCCAGUUUCUGCAGCAGUGGCCUCGCUCAGUCAGAAAGCUGGAAGUCAAGGUUUGCCUCUGGACACCUUGAAACAAGCCAGGCUACCUCACACAAACAUCCUUCCCACCACCAGCUCUGUGUCCUCAGGACUGAUGCCCUCCGCCUUGAGGCCGGAUGGGUCGAGGGUAGUCCCUAGCCGCCUUCCAGGUACUUUGCUACCUGAGACCUCGAGCUCUGUGCUCUUCCAGAGCCCUUUCUCCACUGCGCCAUUAGAUCUGUCCAAGCAAGGGAAAGAGAAGCCACCCAACGUGCUCCCGGUGGAUGUCAAAUCCAAAAAUCUGUCUGGCUUCUGUAAGCGCGUGUGUAAGUACUGUGGCAGGGUUUUUGAGACUGAUACCUCCUUGCAGAUCCACCUCUGUUCCCAUACUGGAAAGAAACUCUUUACGUGCUCUAUCUGUGGUCACUGGUUCACCAGUGAAGGCACACUGAAGGAGCACUUUUAUCAACAUCUCCGGGCGAAGGAGAACGCCCAGCUACAUGCUGAGUUCCACAACAGAAUGGCGAUGGGCAGUGGUGCUCGCUGUGUACGCUCUGUCCCUGUCCCUGUAGGUGAAUCUAGUCUCUCUUUAGGCAGCAGACCUGUCUUGGUACCAGGGGCCCCCAAUGUAGGGCUACCUCAGAAUCUCUUUUUGGUGAGUAAUCCCAAGGACCUAAAGAGUGGCCCACCAGCCCAAGACCUGCAUCCUAGACCUUCUCCAGAAAUUGAGGAUGGAUCCAUAUACUCUGGGGUGGGGCCGAGCCAUAGUUCCCUGAGGGUUGGUGGUUUCCAAGGGAGAGGAAGACCUGAGCUGGGGUCACAUACCCUGAAGUUGCAGCAGCUAGUGAAGAACGUUGACAAGGCCACUACUGACCCCAAUGAAUGUCUCAUUUGCCACCGUGCCUUAAGCUGCCAAAGCUCCCUCAGAAUGCAUUAUCGCACCCAUGCUGAAGAGAGGCCAUUCCGGUGUACGGUCUGUGACCGAGCCUUUUCUACCAAAGGCAGCCUGAAGAUACACUUAGGGGUUCACCAGACUAACACCUCCGUAAAGACGCAGUAUUCGUGCCCCAUCUGCCAGAAGAAGUUCACCAAUGCAGUCAUGUUGCAGCAGCACAUCCGGAUGCACAUGGGUGGUCAGAUUCCCAACACGCCCCUCCCAGAGAAUCCCAGUGACUUGGCAGGUUCUGAGCUGAUGGUGGUCAGUGAGAGUGGCAGCACAAGCGCCGCCUGUCACAAUGACAAUGCAUUCAAUGACAUUGAAUGCAUUGAUGUAGAUGAAGUCAGCUCCCAGGAUGCCCCCAGCAGCUCCUCAAAGGUCCCUGUGCCUCUUUCCAGCAUCCACUUGGCAUCACCCACACUAGGGUUCACCAUGGUGACCCCCAGUGAUGCCCCAGGAAAGGUGAGCCCCGCUCCUGUGGUCCUGCAGCAGCAGAGCAGCAGAGGAAAGCGUUCCGUGAAAAGGGGCGGCUUGACCAACGUCUCGUCCUCAGUGAUGGGAGACCCACAGUCUCAGAGCCGAAGUCCAGAUGUCCGGGAGACUGCAUCUUUUCAAGAUAGUCAAGCAGAGAGCGUCAAGUUUAAGUCUCCUCAUGCUGGUGGCAAAAGAGAGAGGUUGGAGAAUAGCCUCACUGAGAUGGAAGGUUGGAGCAGUCUCCCAUUUGACCGAGCCCAACCAGCCCAUGUCAGAGUUGAAGUUAGUGGUGCAUCUGGAUCCUCAGCCAUGUCCCCAGGCAUGACACCUUUGGUAAUGGCCCAACCAGGCCAACAGGGCAAGCAAUAUGGCCGCACAUGGUACAGGGAGAACCACUCAUCAGCCAGUGCUCUUCAGAUUCGUGAGCAGACACACACUAGGAAGAAGUCUUUCGUGUGUAACAUAUGUGGACAAGCUUUCACCACCAAAGGCAAGUUGCAGGUCCACUAUAUGACUCAUGUUGCUAACAAUAGCUCUGCACACUGUGGGAGGAAGCUGGCAAUUGAGAACACCACGGAUCUGUCAGGAACAGAUGGAAAGAAGCUCCCUGAGAUGUUUCCCCAGGAAAUCAUGGCCCCUUCAGUGAGCAUGGGUCCUGUUAUGGGGAACCAGUACACUAACAUGCCCAAUGAUGAUCUGGCCACGAAGACCAACAAGAUCUCAGUGAUCAAGACUGUAGGCAUUUCUACUCCCUUGGCUAGCCUGGGGGCCAGGUCCCUUGUCAGUAACACCGCUGUCUCCAAGGUAGAUUCACAGCGUUCCCAAGCACCAGUUCCCUCACUUACUCGGGGAAAACAAGGUAGUGGUCAGCUAAGCUAA